UCAAAAAUCAACAAUUGAUUCCAAGAUGAAAAUCGAUGUCAAAUUUUCUUUUUUACUUUGUUUUCUUUACUUAAUUGAUUCUGUUCAUUGUGAUGAUUUCAAAUGCCCUGAAAGGGGUAAAGUUGGUGAAUUGAAAGUUCCAAAUGUUCUCAGCUUGAUCAGGUCUCAAACAGGUUAUCAAACUUCUGUUGAAGUUAAUAGCCCAACUCGAAGCAAUUUUGUCGAUGAUUAUUUUGAUGGGAAAAAUAAUGUUGGAUAUUUUGACAUGGAAGUUACUGUUCAAGAUGCAGCGAAUCGACUUUAUUAUUAUCAUUCCACAGAGGAAAAGAUUACUGUUCGUGAAAAUACGUGUACAAGGUUCGACUUAACUCAGAAUGAGAAGUUCGAAUCGAUCAAAGAUUGGUUUGAACCAAAAGAUAUUGUCGCUAGUUCAGAAAUCUUCAAAGAUUUGGUUCAUUUGGGACCAACAGUGUUGAUGAUUUAUGGCUACAAUAUUAGUGAUAAAGCUUCCUUCAUAGGAUCCGAACUAAUUGAAGGUCGUACUGUUAAUCACUGGUUUUACUGUACCAAUCCUAAUGGACCUUACAUUGACUUUUACUUUGAUGUUAAGACCUCAUUGCCUCAUCGGUUCUCGUUGUAUUAUCCAGAAUGGAUUGAGACACAGGAAGUCGUUUCAGUAAAUGAAACUCGAACAGUUAAAAAGCAAGUUGAUUCCGAUUCAAAAUAUGUUUAUAACUUUUACAUGUUCAAACCGUUGGUCGCUUCAAGAAGAGAUCAAAUUCCAUAUCCAUUGAGCUAUGGGUGUGCGCGUAAAGGUACUCAUCCAUCUACUCCAUUACCAGAUUUUAGUCAAUAUAAAGAGUUUAAUAUGGACAUGGAAGCUAUCAUUACUUAUUCUGGCCGUGAUCCAAUAAAAACAACUGCUCGUGUAAUGAAAAGAGGCGAUGUUAUUUCUUAUGAAAUCCAAGAAGGAACCGAUUUCGUUCGUUCCAUUGAAAUGCCUCCUCCUUUAGGACGAUUCCAAGUGGAUGAACACUCUGGUCGAUGCAAUUAUUUAACAUCAGAUUAUUCGUCUGAUGUUACACUAAUCACUCGUUGGCCUUUCCAUCAAGAUCGUGGCUUUAAUCUAUUGUAUUAUCUGGUAAUGAAGCCACCUCGAGAACAUGCACCAACUUUCAUUGGUGAGAUACCUUUAGGACCAUUGCGAGUUGAGGAAUACAGAGCUACUAACUUCUUCGCGAAUGAAGUUGAUGCUAUUGUUGACUAUUAUUAUACAAGAAAUACUAGUAAUUCUGUUCCAAGUAAAGUCAUAUUCAACGCAGAUCGAAACGAUAAAGAUAAUUAUUAUGGUUACGCUGAUAUUCCAACACAAGUUGAAGUAACCAUAGUUCAUGCCGAAGAUGGUGCAAUGCAUAUUGAUUUUGAAGAUCGAUUCGAUGUAUCUGGUUGUUAUGAAGAACCUGGAAGUUAUACUUGGUUUCAACUUCUCUUUUCUAAUCCUUGGCUGCAUGAAUCAGAUAUGCAAAUGGUUAAGGAAUCCACAGAAGAAUACUUGGCUUCAUUCAUUCCGAUAACUCGAUUUGGUUUAAUCUAUCCACAACAAGUUGAUUCUAAUGUAUAUGUUACUGUUAAGCUUUAUGAUCGUGUACAUUUCAUUGAGGCUUAUCGUCGUUUUAAUAGCCAAACAAUUAUAAAUCCUUCAAAUAUUUUGCAAAGUCCUAAAGUCGAGGACUGUGAACAACUAUGCAGUGCGAAUCCUGACUGUAAUGAAUUUAGUUAUUGCGACGAUUAUACUUGUUCGAUUCUUACAGAUCGUUAUAGCUGGUCACAAAAACAAUAUAAACAAGGAUGCACAUACUAUGCAAGAUGGGUAACGGAGGUCACUCCAUUCGUUGAUGAAAAUUAUUUGUCGACAAUGGAACAUGUGUUGCAACAGAUAAGGAAUAAAGUCUCAGCAGGCGAAGUUUUUCUAAGAAGCGUUGCUCUAUCAGCUGAAGAUUUGUUCAUUGUGAGUGGACCUGAAGAGAUCGGUGAUAUAUCCCAGGAACUACAUUCGAACGGUUCCAGACCUUUAAGAGCUGAAGAUUUUCCGAUGUUAAGCACUAAUCGUCAUUUCGAUGAAGCACAAUUCAAGAUCGAGAAAAGUACUCUUCAAGAUUGUUUCAUGGCUUGUGUCAAUGAUGAUGAUUGUAACACACUUUCAUAUUGCAUUAACCAGAAUAAAGAAUGUAUUCUGAGUGGAGAAACAUCGAGUUCAUUGAAAGACUCACUUGAAGACAAAACAAGUCAUGCAGAUGGAUGCAACAUCUAUCAAAAGUCCUUUAUGAAUCUAUUCCAUGAGUAUCCUGGCAAGAGUCUAGUUCUGGAUGCCAUCUCAACCAUAUCUAAUGUACCAAUUGGGGAUUGUGCUGAAAGAUGUGCUCAAUCAAAUGAUAUCAGUUGUGAAUCAUUUGAUUAUUGCCAAGAAAGUUAUCAACGAAAUGAAUCUGUUUGCUUCUUACAUGUUAACCAGCUUGAGAUCGAUAAAGUUCAUCAAAUAAAUGCGACAAACUGGAAGUUGGCUGAAGCUGGAUGUUCCCAUUAUUCAAAAAAAUCUGAACUUGAUUAUGAACAUAAAGUUGGACUUGCAUUGAAAGAUAAUACGAAAGAAUCAAUUGUUGGAACCUUUGACCAUUUAUCAUUAGAACACUGUGCUUCCAGAUGCAAUUCAGAUCCUAAUUGUUUUACUCUCGAGUUUUGUGAAUCAGUUGACUAUGAUCGAGUUUCCGAUAGUAGUGUUUCAUUGACGAGCUGUUCAUUGACCAACUUGAAACCAAGUAAUGCCAAUCAAACUGGACUAUUUGAAGAAACGAAAAGCAACAACAAAAUUUGCUCAAUUUACAUAAAUCACAAGAAGAUCACAGGCAAAAGUAAAACUGAUGCAUAUCCACCUGAAUCGACCUUACCAUCUGAAUUACCAACUAAAUCAGGCAACUUGAAGAUAGCAUUUGGAUUGGGGACAAUGGUAUUUAUAUUAGCGUUUGCUGGUGGAUUCAUAGGAUUCAAAUUUGCUGCUAAAAAAGGAAUCAUUCCAUAGACUAAUUUAUUGGCAACCAAAACUCAACAUUAGAAACCAUUCAUUCUUGAUCAACCUGGUACAUUUAUUCAACAUAUUAAUUCAUAAGUGUAUAGGGUGUAUGUAUAAGGACCUUUGGCAAAUAGUUCUUUGACUUUAGAGUUAAGAGUAGAGAAUUUUGAGGGUUUUAGUGUCACAAAAAGAAGUCGAUUAAAUUUUUUUUUAAAUUAAUUAUAAAUUAAAUUUAAUGUUUUUAAAAAAUUGAGAUCAAAACUUCGAUCACCUUUUAUAUAAGUUUGCGACCGAUUUUUUCAUCGAAAUCAUUUCCUAUUGAACUUCUGAUGACAAAUAAAAAAAUGCACCUUUGGGGAAAAGUUUGGGUAAAAUGGGUUUGAUGAAAAAAUCUGGUUCCAUAAUGAAACAAAAGGCAAUCGAAGUUUCAAAUUUAAUCUCGAUUUUCUCAAAAACUGUCGAUCAGACUUUUUAAAUGGCAUUAAUGGAUUCAGUUAAAUGCCCCUACAAACGUACAAAGUUCUAACUCUUAACUCGAGUGUCGUGUAUUGUAAAUACUUAUUCAAUAAAUUUUUAACCAACUUAA